AUGAAAUUUUUAAAUUUUUUCGUUUUGUUCGCUUUCGUCGGCGUCAUCAUCGGCGUGUCAAGUGAUUGCACUGAAAAGGAUUAUGUUAAUACCCUUAAGAUCGGGUCCGGCAUUGGUGCGGUUGUUAGUACCGCGGCGACUGUAGGUGCAUGUUUUCCUGUUAUUGGUAUUGCUGCUGUGAUUGCUGGAAUAUUAAGUUCGUCGGGAAAAAUGACUCAUGUCAUUAAUGUAUCGACUUGUUUGCGGAAUAAGGUUUCCUCCUUACCAAAUGAAUGUCGUGUGCCAAUGACUUCCAUAGCUGCUGCUACUGGAGUUAUACAGUCGACCACCGCCGGUCUUGAAGCUUUGUCCUUGAUUCCAGUUGUUGGAUGUUUUCUUAUACCUCCAAAACUAGGAUUAAUAUCGAGUAAUGCCAUUGCAAUCGAUGCUUAUGCCGACCAGUGGAAGGAACGGAACUGUCAUAGACAUAUGCCAUCUGGUUGUUCAUGUGAUUUAUUUUAA